AUUAACAUUUUCAUUGAUUAAGGUUUUGAUAGCACUACGCUUCUAUGCAAGUGGCUCCUUCCAACAAGUGCUUGGGGAUGCAAUUCGUGUAGACAAAUCCACAGUAUCGAGGGUUGUCCGGGAUGUGUCUAAUGCAUUGGCAUCCUUAGUGCCAGUAUACAUCAGAUGGCCAACAACCAGGGCGGAGAAAGACAAGAUUCGUUCUGUCUUUUACCAGCAUAGUGGAUUUCCCGGCGUAGUUGGGUGUAUUGACGGAACACAGAUUCGUAUACAGGCCCCAUCUGAGAACGAGCCCUCAUUCGUUAAUCGCAAGGGAUACCAUUCUAUAAACGUGCAGGCAAUAUGUGACGAUGAAGGGAAAUUUACAAACAUAGUUGCCAGAUGGCCAGGUUCCACACAUGACAGUCAUAUAUUUCGGAUGUCGGAUAUCAAACAAUACCUAGAGGUCCACCACAGGACCAUGGCGGAUGGUUUAAUAUUAGGGGACAGUGGCUAUGCCUGCCAAAAAUACUUAAUGACGCCUUACCUUAAACCAGCCUCUAUCCAGCAGUAACGUUUUAAUGGAUGUCAUAAACGAACUAGGACCAGGAUCGAGCGAGAUUUUGGUGUAUGGAAAAGACGUUUUCAUGUUUUGCAUGGAGAAAUUAGAAUGAAACCUGGAAGAGUAUGUGUUAUCAUAGGUGCUUGUGCCGUUUUGCACAAUUUGGCGAUAACAAUGGGGGAACCUGAGUUGGAUGCUGCAGUCGAGGCCGAUGACACACCGAAUAAUGCUGUCUACAACGGACAUCAAGAUGGUCAGUCAGUACGGCGCCACAUUACAGCAACCUAUUUUGGUUAGACUGAGAACCGUUCUGUGUC